AUGUCCAUAUCCCCACACUCCCCGUCCCCUGCAAAUCCAAUCGAGUUCUAUGAUCCUCCUCACGAACAUAAUGGACUUCCUCUUGCAUCGCCCUCGGCUAAAUUGACGCGAACUGUCGCGAUAAUCAAGACAAAUGCUUUGGAGCAGCGCCUAGACAUUGAACACCCGUCUUCUGGAGGCAAAUUUCGAGUGAAAGAACGCCAAAUGGAGUUUGAUACGGAGACGGACCCCGAUACAUUCUUCGAGCUCUUCGGUGAUGAUGCUCGGUUCCUAGAUGAUGGUCCAGUCUGGGUCUAUGUCCUUGAGCGCAGACGCGCUGUCCAAGUUCUCCUCACAUUAAUGCCUUCACUAAACGAUGCAAUAAUAGGCGCAAAGGACGAAGAGCAAGCAGAAAUACAGAUAGCGUCUCUGUUUGCUUCCAGCCCUCCCUUUCCCAUCAGCGAUCUCCCUCCCGUCGACGAUGAUCUGGGUUCACACGAUGACUUCGACCCCGGUUCUGUGCGUUCGGUCGACUCUGCGAUCCUGGAAGCUCUCAAGUUAGGUUUGAGUGCUCCUCCAGGUGUACUUACCCCAUCCCCUGGGUCUUCAGAUGCACGUGCACCCCAAUUUUCGGCACGCCUGAGCCUUAGUUCCAAUGGAUCACCUAGUGGAAAGCAACCUUUUCGUGCACGGCCACUUCCAAAAACACAUCUGACUCCUGAUAUCUCUCCACGCACAACAAAAGCUGCCCUUCUCCGUCAGGGGCUGGCUGUGGACGGUCCCCAAACUAGCACAGGCCGCAUCCCGCCUCGCAGGGAGAAAGAGAAUGAGGCGGAGAAAGAGAUAGAGAAAGAGAGGAUUAAGAGGACGUUUGCGGGUGUUCCAGGCCACAAGCGCUCGGAAACGCUCACUGUUGCGUCCACUGCGCCACCUACCAUUGCUCCGAGGUUGACCAAGGCAGCUGCCCUACGGUUAGGCCUCGCACAACCUGCCCUACCUCCUGGGCGGAGACGUGCAUCAAUUUCUGGCUCAAUCACAAAUGGAAAAGUAGUCGGUGCCAAUGCGCAUGCUGUCUCUCAGCAGAAAUCUGGUUUACCCAGCGAUGUCGAAGGAGAAGGAGAAGGAGAAGAUACAGAGACUGAGCAAGGGCGAGGACGGAAAAAUAUUUUUGAAGGUGUCCCUGGACACAAACGUCGCCAAUCGAUAUCUGUCGCAAGCACGACUGAAGCCCCGUCUAUAGUUCCUAGAACGAACAAGAGUGCAGCACUCAGGAAGCAGGGCGGUCCUCCCCCUAGCAGCUUCAUGUUCCGUACUCCGUCCGCUCCUAAGGUGCCUGGUGGGGCUGGCACUCAGUCGAGAAGCAGCUCUUCUCUCAGCGCCUAUCAUGACACCGCCGGAACAGCCUCUGCUACUCGGGGCCGUUCAAGUUCCACAGUCCCAUCUCGGGCGUCUUCUCGUGCCUCUCACGUCACAUCGAGGGCAAAUUCGAACAAUACAAGUAGCUACUCCUCUCAAGCCUCUGAGAGUUCUGCAGUGAGCACUGCGAGCACGGCCUCGAAUGCUAGCGUGGAUGAACCUGACAGGGCCUCGUCCCAACGAAAUGUCCGUCGUCUGAGCAGCCUCCAGGCUCCGACUAUCGCUCCCCGCGCCAACAAGAGCGCCAUGCUCAGGGCUCAAAAGCUGGCGGCAGAGAUGGCCAAACCCAAGAGCCCUUGGGCCAAUGCCUCUAAGCGGUAG